GUUUUGGUACUCCUGCUAUCACCUUAUAUUAAUUCGCCUUGUCCUGAGCGCUAACUUUAAAUUGUUGAUGACGAAGGGAGAUUUGAUAGAAAAGCCUUUUAUUGAUCGCCGAAAUGUAUUGUAAAUUGUUUUGAAAAAAGUAAAGUGCAAUUUCAUAAAGUCCCAAAGCAUAAGUUCGAGGGUUAUUUGGAUAUCUUAGAAUUAAGGCGCUGUUAGUUAUUCCUGUGCCGGCGUGUCAACCUAUUCACACUACGGGCCCGCUAAAUUGGAGGGAAAGGCCUUGAAUGGAUUCGUGGUGCAAUAUGAAAUCGAUAACAAUAAUCCUUCUUAUAGUGCCACUUAUCAGUGCCGAACUUUUUCCGUUAUCUAUAAUUCACAUCAAUGAUUUUCACGCAAGAUUCGAGGCUACGGAUACAUCAGGUGGUACUUGCAAUGCUGGCGAAGAGUGUAUUGGUGGUUAUGCACGCACUGUCUACACUGUGAAACGGUUACUCGAAGAGCAGAAGGACCGAAACCCGGUUUACUUUAAUGCGGGCGACAGUUUUCAAGGUACACUUUGGUACAAUAUUGGACGAUGGAAUGUAACAAGUCAGUUUCUGAACAUGCUGCCCGCAGAUGCGAUGACACUCGGCAACCAUGAGUUCGAUCAUGGUAUUGAAGGACUGGUGCCCUUCCUAGAAACUAUCAAUUCGCCCAUGCUGGUGGCUAAUAUGGACGCAAGAGAUGAGCCUGAUAUGCAGGGAAAAUAUCAAAGAUCCAUGAUAAUAGAGCGUAGUAAUAGGAAAAUCGGUGUUAUAGGAAUUAUCCUCGAGACCACUUAUGAUUUAGCAAACACUGGUGACUUGAUUUUUCUUAACGAAAGCGCUGCUAUACGAGAGGAAGCUCAAAAUUUGAAGGCCCAGGGUGCAAACAUUAUUAUCGCUAUCACUCACUGUGGCUAUGAUGUGGAUAAGAUAAUUGCUGUAAACGCCGGUGACGAAGUUGAUGUAAUAGUGGGUGCACAUUCGCAUACUUUUCUCUAUACAGGCGACACUCCACCUGGACCAGAUACUCCUCGCGGUCCAUAUCCCACAGAGGUCAUACACGAAAGUGGCCAUCGUGUGUUAAUCGUUCAAGCUGCAGCCUAUGCCAAAUAUGUUGGCAAUAUAACGGUAUUCUUUGAUGAUGCCGGUAACGUAGUAGACUACUCAGGUGCACCUAUUUAUAUGGGGUCUGAUGUCCCAGAAGACUCAGAAACUGUCGCAGCUCUCCAGCCAAUUAAAGAAGAGAUCGAUAAAGUGGGCUCUGUUGUUCAGGGCGAGACGAAAGUUGAAUUGAGAAAGUCAUCAUGCAGUAACGGUGAGUGCAACUUGGGAAAUUUCUUUUGUGAUGCCAUGAUACACGCUUUUGCUGGAUUAACCCCGUUCUCAGAGCAGCCCUGGACAAAUGUUUCCAUUGGCAUUGUGAAUACAGGGGCUUUGCGUGUUCCACUUUACAGAGGCAACCUCACUUAUGCUCAUAUAGUGGCAAUGUCGCCGUUUGAAAACAAACUCGCCGCAUUUAAUCUUCCUGGCCAUAAACUAUUAGAAGCUUUGGAAUACAGUGUUAGCCCGAUUGACUUGGAAAAUGGAGUCACUAGCUCCUAUAUAUUUGUUCAAGUUGCAGGCCUAAAAAUAACCUAUAACUUUGCCAACACAGCAGGUGAACGAGUAGUCGAUAUAAAAGUACGCUGUGCCGAAUGUGAAAUUCCUGUCUUCGAGGACUUCGAUUCAACGAAAAUUUAUCGUAUCGUAGCGCCGGAUUUCCUUGCAGAGGGAGGAGACGGGUUUACAAUGCUAAGAGAUCAUGGUUCCGACUGGCAAAAGGAGAUGUCCGACUUGGAUGCACUGUUGUCAUAUACAAAUGAAAUAACCCCUAUUUAUACCGGAAACGAAAGACGUAUAACCGUGUUACGAUCGUAGAAAAAAAUAAAAAAAAGUCUGAUCAUGAGCAGACAUAUUAAGAAGAAAACCAUCAUUUGGUCGCAUUAAAGAAAAUACCUGAGUUAUGAAUUUAUUCAUCACAUAAAAUAGCCUAGUGUACGCGGAUUUAUGCAUGUUUAUUAACUAUUAUGUAUAAUAAUCAAACUGUGCUAAUAUUUAAUAAAGUUUUUCUUCAUGUCUAAAGCACCUUCUUGCAAUUUUCGUUUACAAAACCAUCGCGAAAAGAAAAGUAACAAUGUAAAAUAUAUUUAAGAGACUAUUUAGCAUUUUAGAAACAUUGGUUCAUAAAAGUCUGAUGAAAUUAGUUAUUAUAAGCCCUGGAUGUACACUAUGUGCUCUCGGAGACCUGGCACAGGGCGGCAUAGGUA